AUGCCGGCGAAGGUCUACCAUGGCUCGUUAUCCCUCCACUAUGCCCACUAUGCCCACUCCCCGUUCUCCUCAAUUGACCGCUCGCUGCUGUCUCAGAGCUGGGAGGCCGACAUUGAGGAUUUCCAGUGGCACGUGGCCGUCAGGCUCGCGGAGCUGAGGGACCGGGAGGGGUUUCUCUCCUUUGCAUGGAUCGGCCGUCUCCUCGAGGCGUUCCUGCAGUGCCAGGAGGAGUUUCGGGUGAUGGUGGCCCAGGCGCGGCGCAGCGGCGGUUGGGGAAGGCAGGCGGAGAUGCUGGUGGCUGCGCACCACCAGCGCGCGGUGAAUGCGCUCGACGUGUGCAACGCCGCACGCUACGGUUUCGUUCGGGUGCAGUGCUGGGGGCGCCUGGCCAACAUCGCGGCGUCCGCUCUGCUCGCGCCGGGAGAGAUCCAGGAGGGUCAGCUCCGCCGCGCGUUCAAGGCGCUGUUUGAUCUGUCGGCCCUCCUUGUUGAGGACCCUGCCGCCCCCUGGAGUGGGAGCGGCGUCGCUUCCUUUCUCUCCUCCCAUCGCAACAGCUCCUUCAGCUUCCGCACCCCUGCAUCCUCAUCUCGCGCCUCGUCGUCCUCCGUCUCCUCGUCAUCCUCCUCCUCACACUUUAGCCCGUUCCCGUGGAGCGUAUCCCGCACGUGGUCGGCUGCACGGCAGCUGCAGGCCAUCGGGUCUGGCCUGGCUGCACCAGGUGCGCACGACGAGGGUCUUGCCGCGCCGGCGUACGCGAUGGGAUGUAUGCUCCACCUCACCUCGUGGGCGCUCAUCGCGGCUGUCCCGUGCCCGGACCGCGGCACAGUGCUACAGGCGAACUUCCUCCCUCCCUUACCGCCGGCCUUGGCAUUUCCGUGGGCGCUGCCGCUCCUCACGCUCCAGGACCGCCUCACCGAGGAGGGAAAGCGCAAGGACAGGCGCAAUUCUUGCGGCCUCCUCAAGGAAAUCCACGCACUUGAGAAGUGCGUGCAGAGGCUCGCUGAGGCAAUCGACGCAGCGGCAAUCCCGCUCUCCUGGGAGAGCAAGGCCGAGGUGCGGGAGGCUGCUGCCGAGCUCGCCGCCGUGUGCACCACCAUGAAGGAUGGGCUCGAGCCGCUGGGAAGGCAGGUCCGGGAGGUCUUCCACCGCAUUGCCCGCAGCCGCACGGAGUGCUUCGACUCGCGCAUGCCCAACACCUAUUGA